AUGAAAUAUUUCAAAGUUUUAUACAUCCAGGUUAUCAUAGUCGGUUGGUUAUUCCCACCUUUUGCGCCUACGGCAAAGCUUAUUAGUGAUAUGUUUAUAAAUAUGAUAAGGAUGGUAAUAGCUCCGGUCAUAUUUUUUACAAUUGUACUGGGUAUUGCAGGUGCAGUCGGACGGGUAGGAGGCAAGGGUUUACUUUAUUUUGAAGUAGUAACAACUUUAGCGAUUAUUAUCGGGCUUGUUGUUGCUAACCUUAUAAAACCUGGUAUUGGGGUUACUCACAAUAGUAUUAACGCCGCAAAUGUCAAAGUCAUUACUGACACCAAAGGUUUUGAUUGGGCUGAUUUUGUUUUGCACAUUGUUCCUGCAAAUAUUGCAGAUGCUUUUGCCAAAGGCGAUAUUAUUCAAAUCUUGUUUUUUGGUGUUUUAUUCAGUCUGGGUUUAAAGCAAUUAGGCAGUUAUGGAGACACCCUUAAAAUAACAUUCGAAAAGCUGAGCAAAGUUUUAUUUAAUAUUCUAAAAAUAGUGAUGAAAGUAAGCCCGUUAGGCGCAUUCGGAGGAAUGGCUUACACGAUCGGCAAAUUUGGCUUUACAACCCUUGUUGUAUUAGGCAAACUCAUGUUAACUUUCUAUAUAACCAGUCUUCUUUUUAUUUUUGUUGUACUUAACCUUGUAACGAGAUUAUAUGGAUUUAGUUUAUGGAAAUUAUUAGGCUACAUAAAAGCUGAAUUAUUAAUUGUUUUAGGUUCAAGCAGCAGCGAAUCUGUUUUACCAAACAUUAUGGCCAAGCUCGAAAAGGCAGGAUGCGAAAGAAGUGUAGUUGGUUUAAUCAUUCCCGCAGGAUAUAGUUUUAAUUUAGAUGGGACAAGUAUUUACUUAAGCCUUAGUGUUAUUUUUUUAGCCCAAGUUUUUAAUGUGCCUUUAACGCUCGGGCAAGAGCUUUCCGUCAUCGGUAUAUUAUUACUAACCAGUAAAGGUGCAGCCGGUAUAACCGGAAGUGGUUUUCUCGUACUUGCCUCAACAUUGACGGCGCUUAAAGUUGUUCCGGUAGAAGGUUUAGCUUUGCUGAUAGGUGUCGACCGAUUUAUGAGCGAAGCCCGGGCUCUAACCAACAUGAUAGGAAAUACUGUAGCUACCAUUGUAAUUGCGCGAAGCGAAAAUGCUGUCGAUAUGGUACAAUACAAAGCCGUUGUCGAAAAGCGCAAUGCAAAUGCAGAGGGUACUUAA